ACCAACCCCCAUCCCUCUCUCCAACACCACCCCUUCUCUCUCUCUCUAACCCUCACCGGAGAUAUGCACGGCGCCCACACCCACCGUCUCCGAUCCUCCGGCGGCGUCCGCCUCGAACUCACCCCCACAACCACCUCUCCUCUUUCCAUCGACACCUCCGAAUCCACCGAAAUGAGGAUCCAGCGACUCAUAACUGAAAAUCCGGUAAUAAUAUUCAGCCGGUCGUCUUGCUGCAUGUGCCACGUCAUGAAACGUCUGCUUUCGUCACUCGGUGUCCACCCCACCGUCAUCGAGCUGGAGGAGGACGAGAUCCACGCGCUCUCCGUGUCGCUCCCCGACGGCGGAGCAGAGGCGGAGACCGUUGCUCCGGCGGUGUUUAUUGGUGGUGCGCGUGUUGGUGGCUUGGAAACCCUCGUCGGACUUCACUUGAGUGGCCACCUUGUUCCAAUGCUUGUGGAAGUUGGUGUUUUGGUCUUGUAACUCAAAGGGUAGUUUCGUAAUUUUAUAUAUAGUUUUCAAUUUUUUUUAUAAUUUCUUUAUGCAAUGAUCUUAUUUUUCUAAUUGUAAAAAUGCAAGAUUAAGAUCUAUGGUACAAUUAUGUAUGCACAAUGUACAUGUUAUGAAAAAUGGAUGAAAUAUUGAAAUCUCAACCCUCAUUGAGUCAA